CGGACAACUUUUGUAUUGCCGGGGGGAGUUUGGCUGUUUGGAACAUCGGGAAGCACCGGACCCGUCAAAUUUGACAUCAGUCUCAAAGUUACAGUGUUUUGUAGGGAAAGUGGGUGACGUGGACCGCCUCUUUUUCAUUAUGGCAUACUAUCAACAGAGAAAAGGGAAGGGACACAGCGACAACCUACCAGAUCCCCUGGUGUCAGAGGAGGCGUUAGAACAAGUCCUUAAUGAACUGUGGGCUUGUGACAACCAAAAGUGUUACCAUGGACAAGAUUUUGAAGUGUAUUUACAAGGGAGAGCCAGCACCAGGACAGAGAGAGAUGUUUCUAGACACUCCCUAUUUGAGUACUUUGACGAGGAAAAGAUAUUUUCCAUGGACACAUAUUCUGCUUUCAAGGAACUUUUGAACAACUAUACACUUGAGUGUGGUGAAGCAGAGCAGGUGACACCAGAAGAAGUCAAAGAAAAUCGCCAGUUCAUUGAGGCUGUGAUGAAAUCAGAGGUCAUGAAGAAGACUCGGGCUUGGCUUAUUUCAAAAGAUUUGUUGAAUGACCAAUUCUACACGCCAGACUGUGUUAUGGAAGAAAGGGGCCUUGAUUUUGACUUCAACUUCAUGAAGAUGUUGUACAAACUUUGGUUUACACUGUACAGAAGGACAAAGGGAGAUAGGGACUUGGAUUCUAGCAGCUUUGAGCACGUGUUUGUUGGUGAGGCAAAGGAAGGAAAAAUUGUUGGUCUGCAUAACUGGUUACAGUUUUAUCUGGAGGAAAAAGCCGGUCGUAUUGACUACCAUGGUUUCUUUGGUUUUAAAACGGACACCAAUGACGAAUCCUUUCGUCUACUCACCCUCCAGUUUGAGAUGGUUGGCGAUGAGGAGGAAGAUGAAGAUGUAGGAGGCAUCAAGAAAAUGAGCAGCAUAUUUCUUGGAACCAGUCCUGAGUUUGAAUUGGCUGCUUAUACCAUCCUUUAUCUUACCAAAAUGUUUGGAAAACACAAUAUGAAAAUUGCGGAGUACGAAGUUAUGACAGAAUGCUACCCUUUUGGUAGCUUUGGUGUCGGAACGGCAUACAUUGGCUGUCGUUAAUUAUCUAAAUGUCUCAUCCAUCAAAUAUAGACAUAUAUAAAAACAUAUCUUAUAUACAAUUAUUAAAUAUACAAUAGGUACAUGGUUCACUGAGACACACCUUGUAACGUUAAGCAUAUAUAAGGUUGGUAUAUAACUAUAUGGUAGAAGUACUCGGAGACAGGGUUUGUUGUAAUAGGGUGUUUGAGUAAGAGACUUGCUGAAGUCAUGUUAAUCUUGUUUUGAGUUCACUGUCGGUACUUGGUUAAACAGAUAAACACAUGCUUUGAGAACCUAAGACUUUGAAACAACACAGAAGUUAAAGGUGAAAUACCAGGUAUUGAUCAACACCCAUUAAUGAAAGUUUUAUAACACCAAAAAGAUAUGUGUAGACAUGAAUUAUAAAGAGAUUUUAGGUACGGGGGUGAUAUAAUUUUAUGUAACCUAUAGAGAUCACGUAGAGUAGUUCAAGCAGCAACAGGUUACCUACAUAAUCACCAUAGACAGAUUCUUCCUUUCUUAUUUUAUGUGAUUUAUUACUAGAUCUUUCACCUCUAAAUCAAUAACCAAUUUUACUGACUUUUCAAUGUCAUACUAAGGUAAAAUGAAUAAGACCCAAGUUUAAUAAGAAUAUACCCCUGGUAGUUGAAAAAAAAAAAAUCAGCAGUGCAUUCUUAGAGUCCAAUGAACCACGACCACUGGGAGUUAGAUAAUGCCCAUUUACUGUAAAAGGUCAAUGUUAUACUUUGAGCUUAUCAUGACAAGUCUGUCAAUUUAUUAGCCACAAUCACAAAAUAUUAUGAAGUUUGAAUUUCAAAUUGUAUAAAUUGUCUCAACAAACGAGUGUGAAGUUAACCAUUGUUUUACUGCUGCAACAUGACUCGCACAUUGAGUGAGUGAAGGUGGUCACUGAGAAGAUGUAGACUAUAUAUUAUACUUAUCAUCAAAUAAUCAAGCAAAUACCAAGGAUUUCUUGUUUUGAGUUAGAAAUUGGUCAUGCAGGCAAAGGCUGUAUUUUAAACAUACUUUUGUAAUAUGUUACAGACUAUUUUUGACUACUGAUUUUUCAUUUAAUUCAAACAUUUACAAUUUUGUAAUCUUUUAAUUAAUACCUCAGAUAUCUUUUGUAUAAUUCCUGAAUGAUAUUAACUCUAGCUGAUAUUGGGUACAUCAUCAUGUAUUCCCCUGUAAACGGUCCAAGGCCAUAACUCUAGCUGAUAUUAGGUAUUCACCUGUAAACAGUCCAAGGCCAUUUUCGUUUUUCACGGUCCAAAAGGUUGGACCAGUUGGGCCGGUGUUGUUCAUUUUUGAAAUAAAGAUGGACCUGGUGAUUUUAUAUUGUUUUUAGACGAGCCUUGACAAAGACUUUCAAUUAAGGCCUGUAUUAACAUUUGCUGAUCGGUCAAGAUAUAUGUUUGAAAUACAGUAUGUAACUGUUUGUAUGGAAUAUUACACAUAUACACUAUGACAAGGAACACGAGGAUUGAGAAUUUACCUACAAUAUGUAAAACUAUUGUUCCAAGGAUUAUAUGACAUACUUUCCUGGUAAUUUUCAUAAAAAUUUGCGUGGGGUGCUUUGCAAAAAUAAAUAAUACUACAUGUAGUCUUUUGUAUGUUUAAAACUCUAUGUGGAGGUCACAAUUAAUUAAGUAACUGUAAAAACAGGCUAUUUAAAAUUGAUUUGUUUUCAUUUUGAUUUAAGUAUGUUUGUUUUCUUGUGAAAUUAUUGAUUUGUUUUGUAUUGAAAGGAAGAAAAGUUGUGUUUUCCCUGAAAAUUAAAUGUAUACAUUUAUUAUUAUCAUUAUUUAGAUUUAUUGAAUGAAUACUGUCAAGCAAUAAGUUUGUGUUCUAUACAGAUUUAAAGUGUGCGGGUACAAGCCAGUUGAGUUAGUUUAGUCUAUUUUGUUAAUGGUGGUUGUUAGUUACUAAUGACGUACUUUGUAGUAAUUUACAUUUUCUAAUCUUUCUUGCCCUCUACGCAGGUUACUGUGACAUGGACUGUUAUAAUACUGCAUAAUUAUAAUGUAUAUCUACGUACAGUGAAACCUGACCUUAGACAGGGCUCAAAGUGCAUAUUUUUACCAGGUGGCCUAUUUGGCUACCAAGUUAUAAAAUCUAGGCGCCAACUGGAGAAGUUAGUUGCGAGGUCAAGUUGUUUUAACUUUAAAAAAAAUCUUUUAAUUCUUUAAUACAGUAAAACAUCUCUCUGUAACUUUUUCAAUUGUGAGCGUCAUUUUAGCAUUGACUAAACUUUUGAAAGAUUAACCAAAUCGCAAAUUUACACAAUGUUUGUUAGUGGCCAUGUAGGCUUCUUGCAGGUCAAUAACUGGUCGCCAAUGGUGAAUUUAAGACUGCCAUGGCCACUAAAAUAGGUGCCACUUUGAGCCCUGUUAGUGACACCAGGUUGAACCUCACAGGUUGUUAGCUAAGACAGGUUUCACUGUGAAAAUUAUUACUCAUUAUAUAUUACUUGCCAUUUAUUGUACUAACUUUUAUAACCUUAUUUAAGUUUUACUGAUAUUAGAUAUAUAUACAUGUACAGACAGUGACUAAGAUUUUUUUACUGAUAUUGAAUACUUAUACAUGUACAGACAGUGACUAAGUUCUUUUACUGAUAUUAAAUACUUAUACAUGUACAGACAGUGACUAAGUUCUUUUACUGAUAUUAAAUACUUAUACAUGUACAGACAGUGAGAUGAGAUUACUGGACCAGUAAAAGGACCUUUCGGUAUGUUGUAAUGUGUUAAUAGUGCCUGUCAAGGUAACAAUUGUGGACUGGAGUCGCUCAUUUAUAUAAUGAUUUAAAUUUUCCAAUGCAAAAUAGUCAUUCUCAAAACCAGAGAUUUUGAAAACAAACUCAAACUUUUUUUUAUUACAUUAUACAUAUGAGGAUAAAGAUGUUUUUAGAAAAAUAAAAGGCAACAAACUAAUAAGUAUUCUCCCAUUUUGAACUUGAGAUCUCCAGUCUGACCCAGGCUAAUACAUUAUGGCCAAAACUGUGUAUAAAGUUCAUUAUAAUGAAAACUAAUGGCAUCUUAAAAGGCACAAUGAAAACAGCUGAGGAUAAGCAAUAAUGUUUUGUCCAUAUUUGGAAAAAUAAAAAAUAAAAUGUGUCUUCUAACAGUACAUUGAGGCUAAAUAAAACUUUGAUUUUAACAAAAUUUUGAAAAAAGUUUUAUCAAUAUACAAUGUACAUAUACGGUUAUGAAUUAAUUUUGAAAUAAAGGUUGUUAUGUUAAUUACUACCGUUAUUAAACUAAGCUUAUUUUUAUUAUCAUUGAUACAUAUUACUAAAACUUAUCCUAUUCUUGAUAAGCAUGUGUGUUACUAAAUUGAUAUUAAUAAUGAUACAAAUUUACAAAGCUGCACAGUUCACUGCUUGUGUUACGACAGAUGACCUGUACGGCCAUUACUUGUGUUACAACAGAUGACCUGUACUGCCAGUACUUGUGUUACAACAGAUGACCUGUACGACCAGUACUUGUGUUACGACAGAUGACCUGUAUGACCAGUACUUGUGUUACGACAGAUGACCUGUACGGCCAGUACUUUUGUUACAACAGAUGACCUGUACGGCCAGUACUUGUGUUACGACAGAUGACCUGUACGGUCAGUACUUUUGUUACAACAGAUGACCUGUACGGCCAGUACUUGUGUUACGACAGAUGACCUGUACGGUCAGUACUUUUGUUACAACAGAUGACCUGUACGGCCAGUACUUUUGUUACAACAGAUGACCUGUACGGCCAGUACUUGUGUUACGACAGAUGACCUGUACGGUCAGUACUUGUGUUACAACAGAUGACCUGUACGGCCAGUACUUGUGUUACGACAGAUGACCUGUACGGUCAGUACUUUUGUUACAACAGAUGACCUGUACGGCCAGUACUUGUGUUACGACAGAUGACCUGUACGGCCAGUACUUGUGUUACGACAGAUGACCUGUACGGCCAGUACUUUUGUUACAACAGAUGACCUGUACGGCCAGUACUUGUGUUACGACAGAUGACCUGUACGGUCAGUACUUUUGUUACAACAGAUGACCUGUACGGCCAGUACUUGUGUUACGACAGAUGACCUGUACGGCCAGUAAUGUGUUACAACAGAUGACCUGUACUCCCAGUACUUUUGUUACAACAGAUGACCUGUACGGCCAGUACUUGUGUUACAACAGAUGACCUGUACGGCCAGUGCUUGUGUUACAACAGAUGACCUGUAUGGCCAGUACUUGUGUUACAACAGAUGACUUGUACGGCCAGUACUUGUGUUACAACAGAUGACCUGUACGGCCAGUACUUUUGUUACAACAGAUGACCUGUACUGCCAGUACUUUUUUUACAACAGGUGACCUGUACUGCCAGUACUUUUGUUACAUAGGGUUAUUGGUGUCCUGGGUAAAUUCUAGUCACUCUAUGAUCAUUUGGUUUUGAUUAUCAGUACUUGUAGAGCAUUAUAUUUUCUUCAAUAUCUUUGAUGUAAAACCGAAUUAGUGUAUAUUUAAUUUUGAUUUUCUACCUCUGUAUCUUGGUAAACUUGUUGCAAUUAUUUGAGGUGCCUUUUUGAAAUAUUUUUAUGCAAAUUAGAAAUAUUCAAUGUUGAGAUUACUGUUGUUACACACCUGUAAAAGAGAGUUUUCAAAUAAACCUGUCCAUGAUCAUGUUUUCUAAAUAAAUCUCUUUGUCUUAA